AUGGAAAAACUCCACAUUGCAGUAGCUGGAAUCAGCGAGAUGAGGUGGGGUGGCAGUGGGGAAACAACAACAUCAGAUAGCAAUCUAGUCCUACACAGUGGCAACAGUGACGGCAGCAGAUAUGGAGUGGGAAUUUUCGUGUCCAAGCGCAUAAAGAAGGCACUGUUUUCCUGGGAACCCAUUUCUGAUAGAAUCAUGACCGCCAGGUUCAGAUCAACCCUCAACAAGCUACGGCAAGGUGACAUUAACAUCCUCAUGGGUGACUUCAAUGCAAAAAUUGGCCCCAACAACACCGGACUAAGAUCUGUCAUGGGCCAGUAUGGAACUGGGACUCGCAACGAUAACGGAGAGAGAUUAGUGGAACUCUGCCAGCUAUUUCAACUAGUCAUCGGCGGCACAAUAUUCCCACACAAAGAUGUCCACAAAUACUCCUGGACAUCUCCAAGUGGUAAUACGCACAACCAGAUCGACCACAUAUGCAUUAGCAGGAAAUGGAGACACUCGCUACUGGACGUACGGAACAAAAGGGGAGCAGCCAUAGACAGUGACCAUGAGUUGGUCAUUGGAGAACUUUCAAUAACUUUCAACACCGUCGAGCGCACCCCCUGA